UUCACACCCAUAGAGUGAAAGUGAUUGAGACCUUCAGUGAAGCUCCUCCUACAACAAUCCACCAAUAAAUGCUGGAGUCAAACACACAGAGAAAUCACUCCAUGUGUGACAACUGAAAUCUUCAUGACAUAAUGUUGAUGCUGGUGAAAGAGGAGCUUGAGAAGAUGACAGAUCCACAACCAUGCAGAAUAAAGGACGAAGAAACUGAGGAACAAAUAGAUAUGAUGGAAGUGAAAGAGGAGAGUCAAGCUGAAGUGGAUGAGAAACAUCAGAUUGUAAAAAUAAAUCAUAAUGUUUCACAGAAAGAAACUCUGAAGACAGAAGACAUAAAGUGUAAAAAUAGUUUCAGUGAAGAUGAACGCCCUGCAGAUCACAAGAGGACUCACAGUGAGGAGAAACCUUUCACAUGUCAACAAUGUGGAAAGAGUUUUAGAAGAAAAGAUAACCUGAAAACACACAUGAGGAUUCACACCGGAGAGAAACCUUACACAUGUCAACAGUGUGGAAAGAGUUUCAGAUCAAAAGCUGACAUUAACACACACAUGAGGAUUCACACUGGAGAGAAACCACAUGCGUGCCAUCACUGUGAAAAGAGUUUUUCAACUGCAGGUAAACUUAAGCAACACAUGAUGACUCACACUGGAGAAAAACCUUUCACAUGUCAACAAUGUGGAAAGAGUUUCAGAUCAAAAGGUCACCUUAAUUUACACAUGAGGGUUCACACUGGAGAGAAACCACAUGUGUGCCAUCACUGUGAAAAGAGUUUUAUAACUGCAGCUGAACUUAAGAUACACAUGAGGUCUCACACAGGAGAGAAACCUUACACUUGUCAUCAAUGUGGAAAGAGUUUCUCUGCUGAAGGUACCUUUAAGGUACACACAAGGAUUCACACUGGAGAGAAACGACACGUGUGCCAUCACUGUAGAAAGAGUUUUAUAACUGCAGGUGAACUUAAGAAACACAUGAGGUCUCACACAGGAGAGAAACCUUACACUUGUCAUCAGUGUGGAAAGGGUUUCUCUGCUGAAAGUAACCUUAAGAUUCAUACAAGAAUUCACACUGGAGAGAGACCUUACACAUGCCAUGAGUGUAAAAAGAGUUUUAUAACUGCAUAUGAACUUAAGAUACACAUGAGGUCUCACACCGGAGAGAAACCUUACAUUUGUUAUCAGUGUGGAAAGGGUUUCUCUGCUAAAAGUAACCUUGAGAUUCAUACAAGAAUUCACACUGGAGAGAAACCGUUCACAUGCCAUGAGUGUAAAAAGAGUUUUAUAACUGCAUAUGAACUUAAGAAACACAUGAGGACUCACACAGGAGAGAAACCUUACACUUGUCAUCAGUGUGGAAAGAGUUUCUCUAUUGAAAGUAAUCUUAAGGUACACACAGGAAUUCACACUGGAGAGAGACCUUACACAUGCCAUGAGUGUGAAAAGAGUUUCAAAACAAAAUCUAACCUUACCACACACAUGAAAAUCCACACUCGAUAGAAACCAUUCAUGUGUCAACAGUGUGGAUAUGCCAACAACAUUUAGAAAUCAGCUGAGGUCUUAUUAAUAAAACUGUGCGUAGGAUCCUUACUUGACAUCUACAUGCGCACAAAAGGCCAAGAUGUCUGUACUUGUGUUCUUGUGGACUUCUGAAAUGUCAUCAGUCGCGGCCCAAGUACUGUUCCAAUCUCAAGUUUGCAUCAUGCCAAGUUCAAAUAACAUGCCCAGAUGUGUUUUUGAUCCGCUCAUUUGAUCGAGGAUACAUCAGGAGGUGACUUGUGUGGACUUGUAUCAGCCAAGUUUUCCAGAACUUCAAAUCUGUGGUCAGUUAGUAAAGAUAUUACAAUUUCCUCUUACAAUUUUGGAUAUUUGAGUUCAAGUUGAUCAGCGGGCAGUCAGUGCCGUGUACACCGCCGAGUAGGGGUGGGAAUCGCUUGGACCCUCAUGAAUCGAUUCUUAGGGUCCCGAUUCGAUUCAGAAUCGAUUCUUGACAUACUAAUUUGCAUAUCUGUGACGUCAUUACGCCACAUUUGCUCUCAAAGCCAAGUUAAUGUUUGCGCUUUUGCUACUGGUCUCUGAACUGUCAUAUACUGUACUUUAAUGCAACUAAGAGAUAAAUAAUGUCAUUCUUAUAUACAUAUAUGUCCUGUUUCUGUUGUAAGACAUUAAAACCAGCAAAAUAGUAAUUAAACGUGACAUAUUAAUUCUAUAUGUUAACCGGAAUUAACUUCCACAAACUGACUAACGUUAAGCGUCUAAUCAUCAUCAUUAUACACAGUGAUUGGCAGUAUUACUGUAUUUAUAUAAUGCAGCGCACCCAGCGACUGAAUAACAAACUAUGUGCAAUUGUGCAUAUUUUUACAGAAAUAUAUUCAUGUUAUAUCUAAACAGUCAGCGGAUGGUUUAGGGCAGGGGUGUCCAAUACGUCGAUCGCAAAGGCAAUGCCGGUAACUGGUGCUCCACGCGCGAAAUUGUCAUUAUGGUCUUUUAGAGUAAUUGUGAAACACGCAGGUCUUUUUGAGUUGCUGCGCCUUAUGUUUCAAAUGUGUUUUGCCAGGCCAUUGCAGCUCAGUCGUUUUUAACUUCCACAAUUAACAAGGAUGCGCAUUUUUGUCUCACGCAGGAGUUGAUCCACGCGCAUGGUGUCUGUGUGUGAGCGAGCAAAUGAGAGAGGGAGAGAGGCGGCGUAGCGCUAAUUUGUAUGCUUCUGAUACUGUUGUAAUUUUCUAGUUUGUUUCACUAAACCGCAUCUCCACUAUUUUAAGGAGUACUCGACAUGUACUCAAGGAUUUUUUUUAAAACUCCUCAAAAAGAAUAGAGAUAUAUGCAGUAUAGUCCUAGAAGCAUUUAAAGGCUCUCUAAGUGAAUCUGCGAGACGUUAGUUAUUGUUGACGUUUGAAACUGUUUUCAAACAGACGGAGCGUAGCUAACUCCUCCCCCUCCCUUCCGGGCUUUCAUGAACGCGCCCAACCCCCACCCCCAAAUCCUUUUUGUCGUUUAUUGGCUGGAAUACUUUGUUUUGUUUUGUGAUGCUAGGUUUGGCCACUUGUUGAUAUUGCCGUUUGUGAAGCCUGGGCUGUCUACAGAGAUCGCGUUUUUUUACAGUUUGAUCAGCGGACAGGCAGCAAGCAGAUAGUGAGGAGAUGUUUCCGGUAUGUAACAAAAAAUGUUUUAUGGUCUAAAACGCUUCAAUUCGCUUAGAGCGCCUUUAAAAUGUUCUUUCUCUUCUGCUCUUGUAAGCUUCGCUUGGUGCUCGUGCAGUGCUCACUCUCUUAAGUUGUCCGUGUGCAUCACCGCUCCCCCAGUUGAGUUCUGCCUUUUGGUUAUGAUAACGUCACGUUAUUAUUUUGUAAAAUAACAUAUAAGAAUUGAUUCUUGACAUUUGUGAAUCGUUUCAGAAUCGGCCCACGUCCGAAUCGCGAUUCAUCUAAGAAUCGACUUUUUGUCCUGCUGGCUCUGCCCUUCAGUGUCUGAUGGUCAAACAUGAAAUAUUCCCUUUGGAUAUAUAUCUGCCAUUUUUCUGUCUCUUUAUUAUUCAUAUGAAGUCUGUUAUUUGUUGUUUUCAUUUUAACUGAUGUUAAAGUUAAGUUUCAUAACUUAAAUCACAUAUUCUAUAGAAUCUUAAUACUGAAUCACUGCCUUUGUAUUUUAACUAGAUUUUUUACUUGUGUUUACUUCAUGUUGUACAAACAUUUUGUAUUUUU